AUGGUCCAGUCACCGAUGAUUUCGUGUCCGCUGAAGCAGACCACCGAGAUUGACUGGAUCCAGCCACUCAAGGACUACAUUCGCUCUGCUUACGGCGACGAUCCGGACCGAUAUCACGAGGAAUGCGCGACCCUGAACCGCCUGCGCCAGGACAUGCGCGGUGCUGGGAAGGAUACUGCAUCGGGCAGAGAUCUUUUAUAUCGAUACUACGGGCAGCUCGAGCUACUGGACCUUCGGUUCCCUGUCGACGAGAACCAUAUCAAGAUAUCGUUUAUCUGGUACGAUGCUUUUACCAACAAGUCUACCUCGCAAUACUCGCUUGCUUUUGAGAAAGCGUCGAUUCUAUUCAACAUUUCCGCCGUCCUGUCAUGCCAUGCCGCGAACCAGAACCGAGCCGAGGACGCCGGCGUCAAGACAGCGUAUCACUCAUUCCAGGCAUCGGCCGGCAUGUUUACGUAUAUCAACGAAAACUUUCUACACGCGCCUUCUACAGACUUGAGUCGGACUACCGUCAAGGCCCUUAUCCACAUCACGCUCGCCCAGGCACAGGAAGUUUUUUUGGAGAAACAAACCACAGAUGGCAAGAAGGCCGCUUUCCUGGCAAAGCUGGCCAGUCAGUCGUCAUAUCUAUAUUCGCAGGCCGUGGAUACGGCACACGAGUACAUUAGCAAAGGCAUAUUCGACAAAACCUGGGCUACGAUGGUGCAAGCCAAGGCAUCGCACCUCGCCUCGGUUGCGAGUUACUACCAGGCUCUAGCUGAUACGGAAAGCGGUUCUCACGGUGUUGCUAUUGCAAGAUUACAGCUUUCUGAGAAAUUGAGCGCUUCCGCUGCAACACAUUGCAAGUCGUUUCCUUCUUCAAUGCCUGCAAGCUCGCAUCUCGCGCCAGAUGCUGGGAGUUCCUUGGUGGAGCUGGUCAAAAAGCACCAGGCUGCAGUUCAAGAGAAGGUUGUGUCGUUAGUCAAGGACAAUGACUUUAUUUAUCAUCAACCUGUUCCUAGCGAAGCUGGUCUGUCGGCCGUUGCCAAACUGCCCGCGGCCAAGGCUAUCCCAGUCAGCGAGUUAUACCAGGGACAGGACAUUCAGCGCAUCAUUGGGCCCGAUAUCUUCCAGAAGCUGGUUCCAAUGUCGGUAACCGAAUCGUCCAGUUUAUAUGACGAAGAAAAGGCCAAAUUAAUCCGCGCCGAGACAGAAAAGGUUGAGACGGCUAAUGGAGAGAUGGCAGCCAGUCUGGACUACUUGAAACUUCCGGGCAGCUUGAACAUACUCAAAGGGGGUAUGGAUCAGGAGGUGACGGUAGACGAAGAAUUUAGCGGAUGGUGCGAGGAAAUGGCAGGGCACCAGGGGUUUCAUAGGAUUCUGGAUGAGCUUCAAGACAGCAAGGCGAUAGUUCUCGAGGUACUCGGUCAAUGCUCAAGGCAACUGGAUAUGGAGGAGAGCGUGUGUGAAAAGAUGCGGUCAAAAUACGGAGCAGAUUGGACACAACAGCCCAGCUCGCGACUGACCGCGACGCUGCGGAGCGACAUACGGAGUUUACGCGAUACGACUAACGAGGCGAGUGCCAGCGACGCGCAGUUGAAUGCGACGUUGAACCAGUACGAGGCCGACUUUGACGAGAUGCGUUCGGCGGGAGAGACGGACGAGGCGGAUGUUUUGUAUCAGCGCGCGAUGCUCAAAGCAGGCUCGAGACAAAAGUCUCGCAAUGGGCAUUCGACUCCGUUUUCUCCAGAGGGCAGUCUGCUCGACGAUGUGGAAGAUGACGGCAGUGCUACGGUAGCAGAGCAGAUUAGCAAGGUAGAGGAGUUUUUGAAGAAGCUCAAUCUUGUAAAGCGCGAGCGAACUCAAGUGCUGAAAGACUUGAAGGAAAAGGUUCACGAGGAUGAUAUAACUAGCGUGCUUAUUUUGAACAAAAAGUCACUGGGGAGCGGACAGGAACAGCAGCUGUUUCAGGCAGAACUAGAAAAAUUCCGACCAUACCAAAACCGCAUCAUCAAGUCGAAUCAUACACAGUCGACGCUGAUGAAGGAACUCACGAGGACAUAUGGCGAUCUCUUGCAGGACAAACGGGUGCGGUCAGAGCAGUCGAAAUACGAAACGAUAACCCGGCAGAGAAACACGGUCAUGGCGCGGUACAAGAAAAUUUACACGGCGUUUCAAGAGCUGGUCUCUGGAGUGUCGCAAGCGCAAAAGUUUUACGACGAGAUGCGAGAUACCGUGGACAAUCUACGGAAAAACGUCGACACGUUUGUGAGCAACCGGCGGUCCGAGGGCGCGCAGCUGCUCAAUCAGAUAGAGCAGGACAAGUCCAGCAGUGCCUCUGGGCAGGAGGAUCGAGAACGAGAGAAACUUAGACAGCUGAUGGAGCGUCUGUCGACGGAGCCAGCGCCAUCAUCGACCUCGCCAACGAAGCAGCUACAACAGCAACAACAACAACUACAACAACAAUCAUCACGGCCAUCUCAUUCGAGCGGAACAAGAUCACCUCCGGCUCCAUCACCUCAAUACCCUUCAGUCACAACGGGGGCACCUCCUCCAUCCCAAUCCCCAGCUCCAUACGGCCAAUAUAUGCCGCCAGGUGCGAUGGCAGGCUACUACGCGCCAGCAUUCCAACAGGGAGCCGCAGCACCGCUCUCUGGGGGGUACAACCCAAUGGCAUACCCAUACCAAACGCCAGUCUCACCACCUCCAAACCAGCAAUACUACCCAGGAACAUCAACCACACCCGUUCCUUAUUCUACUAGUAGUACACCACACCCACCACCACCAGGGCCCUCACACACGCCCCAAUUCAUUCCGCCAGGUUAUAUCCCUCCUCCGCCACCGCCGCGUCCGUCAGAAACUCAGUAUCCGGCGCAACCGUCAGGCGCUAUGUAUCCAUCUGGUCCCGGGGGUUAUGCGCAGACUCGGCCGUAUGGGGCGAGUCAGCAUCAUCAUCAUAAGAACUCUCAGCCGCAGCCGUCGCCGGGGAAUAAUGACCCGUGGGCUGGGCUUAAUGCAUGGAAGUGA